GGCGAGAUCGGCGCGGGAUAUUCCCCGGAACAGCCUCGCGGAAGCGGCAGCGCCAGGCCGCUCGGGGGACGCGAGGACUCGCCCGCCCCGCUCCCCGGGGGCGGCCCACGGGGCCCCGCCGCAGCUGCCCGCGGGACUUGCAGGGAAACUCGUGUGGGCCAAAGCGGCUUGGCGGGGUGUCGGAAACCCGUCGGCCUGCGCUGUCCAGCGUCGGGGAACCGCGUUUCCCCCUGGCCGGGCAGUGAGUCUCUGGGAGCAGCCCGGGGGUUUUCAGUCCCGCCUGGCCCCCGUUUCAAAGGUGGCCUUGGGGUUCUCCGGGCAGCCGAGGGGACGCUGGCGUUGAAAUCAGCGCUUCACGCCCAACGCCCCGCUUUGACGAGCGGUGUCACCGGGGCCCCCCCGCCCCCAGCCCGGCAGCCGCGGAGCCAGGGGGCUGCCCGUGCUGCAGCCCAUGGGGAAGAGUUCGCAGGCUCUGGCCAGGCUGGGGAAAGUGACAAACUGUAAAUAACAGUGACACUUUUCAUAAAAGAGCCGGUGACCAAACAACACUUUAGCUCAUAUGAGAAGCAGUAAAUCCUGGAAGGCCCAGGCCAGAGAACAGUGCCCAGGAGCAGAGAGGAGAGUACGUGGAGGGGGUGAGUGACCAGGACGUGCUCCUCAUUCACUCCUGCCGCCAGUGGACCACGGUGACGGCCCACAGCCUGGAGGAGGGGCACUACGUCAUCGGGCCCAAGAUCGACAUCCCACUGCAGUACCCAGGGAAGUUUAAGCUGCUGGACCAAGACCGGGACGUGCGCGAACCCGUUCAGUAUUUCAACAGCGUGGAGGAGGUGGCCAGCAGCUUCCCGGACCGCGUCUUCGUCAUGGAGUCCAUCACCUUCAGCGUGAAGGUGGUGUCCGGGGAGUUCAGCGAAGACAGCGAGGUCUACAACUUUACGCUGCAGGCAGGCGAUGAGCUGACGCUGAUGGGACAGGCCGAGAUCCUGUGUGCCAAGGCGGAGAAGGAGAAGUGGCGCCUCCCCACCCUCCUGCGCAAGCUGGGCAAGGGGGGCCCGCUGGGCAGCAAGCCGGCGAAGGGCAAGGUGCCCUGCCUGAUCUGCAUGAACCACCGCACCAACGAGAGCCUCAGCCUGCCCUUCCAGUGCAAGGGGUGCUUCAGCACCCGCAGCCCGCUGGAGCUGCAGAUGCGGGAAGGCGAGCACACCAUCCGCAGCAUCAUCGAGAAGGUGCGGCUGCCCGUCAACGUGGCGGUGCCCGGCCGGCCCUCGCGCAACCCCUACGACCUGCACGCCAUCCGCGAGGGCCACUGCUACAAGCUGCUCAGCAUCAUCUCCAAGACGGUGGUGCUCUGCUGCAUCCUGCGCAAGGAGGCCGUGGUGCCCUUCCACUUCCUGCUGCUGAGCGACAUGCCCCGCUUUACCCUGCCCCAGGGGCUGCUCUGGGGCGACCCCCAGCUGGAGAAGCUGGUGUGGGACAGCGCCACCAUCUGCCAGGAGCGCUUCGACCCCGAUGAGUACUCCAAAGCCGUGCGGGAGGCCAAGCCCGACCUGUCGGAGGAGUGCGCCAGCCCCCGGCGCAUCCGCCUUUGUCUGCCGGGCUGCGCCCACGAGGAGCUGGCUCCGGCCUUCCAGCGCCUCUCGCUCUGCAUCUACAGCGGGGGCUCGGCCCAUGCCCCCGAGGACCCCCUGGCGAUGCCGGGCGGGCAGGCCCCGCAGCUGCUCCUGCCCCGCCAUGAGCGCUCGGCCCCGUCUGACCUCUCCGACUCGGAGCGGGAGUACGUGACGCCCGACUGGGCCGAGCCCGAGUUCAGGACUCAGGAGCCGGUGGAGAUCCCCUACGAGGAGCUCUGGGCCAACCAGAACCCGGAUAACUUCUCAGAGCCCAGCGGCAACCCGCCGGGGCUGGGCAGCGCCAACAAAGGGCAGCGCGACCUCAUGUCCUUCGCCACCUCCUCUCCACUGGGCUCCCCCCACCGCCCCGCCCUGCGCGGGGAGGAGCCCGUGGGCGAGACGCCACCUCCCGUCCCACCCAAAUCCAAAGCGGUGAAGGAGGAAUGCCGCCUGCUGAAUGCCCCCCCCGUCCCGCCCCGAGGCAGCCGGCCCCACGCCACCUCCAGCCCACCCGUCCCCCUGCGCUUCCCCAAGCUCCAGCCGGCGCACUCGCCCAAUCCCAGCGUCUCGUACUACUCGGCCGGGCUCCACGACGCGUCAGGGACGCGGAGCGGGAGCUGCUCGCCCUCCCCGGACUCCUACUCCCUCUACUGCUACCCCUGCACCUGGGGCAACUGCAAGGCCGGGGACUCUGCUGGCCGCCAGCUGCCGGGGACCCUGCCGCCCAGCACCCAGCUCAGCCAGACAUCCUGGUCGGACCCAUGGGCCUAUGCCGACACGGGCCCCAGCGUGGCCAGCGGGCGCUCCACGCCCCUCCUGGGGGGCGAUGCCCCCAUCAAGACCUACCACAGCUGCCCCCGCCUCAAGGCCCCCCACCCCCAGAAACGCUUUGCCCCUUUCGGGGCCCUGAACCCCUUCGCCAACCCCGCCUACUCGCCCAGCCCCUCCUCCUCCACCGAGUGGCUGGAGGCCCUGGACUGGCAGAAGCCCCCCUCUGCGCCCACGCCAGAGACCUUCGACCCCUUCGAGAGCGCCUCCCCCGAGUCGGAGCGCUGCUACAGCCAGGAGGGCUGGGGCGGGGUGGGCGGCGCCUGCCCCACCCCCCCGCCCCGACCCCCCAAGAGCCUGGAGACGGAGAGCCUCAUGAUCCGCAGCGCGGCGCCGCUCUCGCCCACCAUCGUGCGCGGGGCCGAGGGUGGCGUCACCCGCGUCUACCUCACGCAGGGCGUCAUCAAGGUGCCACCGGUGUCGGCCCCGUGCAGCGGCCCGGGUGAGAGCGCCAGCCACGUGCCCGGCGCGCCCCGGCUGAAUGGCGAUGGCUCGGCCUGGCAGCCACCCCCCGACCUGGCGGCGCUCUCCGUGGAGGAGGUGUCCCGCUGCCUGCGUUUCAUCGGCCUCUCCGAGGACGUGGUGAGCUUCUUCGCCCGCGAGCGCAUCGACGGCAGCAUCUUCGUCCAGCUCCCCGAGGAGAUCCUCGCCGACGACUUCCGCCUCACCAAGCUGCAGGUCAAGAAGAUCAUGCAGUUCAUCAAGGGCUGGCGGCCCAAGAUCUAGCGCAAGGCCUGGCUCGUGGCACGUGGACGUGGGGCCUGGCUGGUGGGCCCGGCCCGUGGACGUGGGACCCGGCUGGUGGGCUCGGCCCGUGGACAUGGGGCCCAGUUCGUGAGCCUGGCCCAUGGUUGUGGGGCCUGGCUGGUGGAUGCAGUCUGUGGGGUUGGGGUGGGCCCCCACACAAUGACCCAUUGCCUAGACUGGGCUCUGUGGCUAGACCUGGCUCAUCGGGGUGGGGCCCUGCACAAUGACCCAGUCCAUGGGGGCCAGGCCCACGUGUACAGAUGUGGGGCCUCCAGUGUGCACAGCCCUGCCGAGGGGCCUGGGAACAGCCCACUGGCACUGAGGCCUCAAGCCCAGAGCACCCAGACCUGUCAUGGGAUGGGGCCCCCCAGCUCUGGACCACGAGGAGCUUUGUGUCAGCUGCAGCUGGCCUGGUUCCCCUGGGGCCUGGUUCUCCUCCACCCCAUUGCUUGAUCCACAUACCCCAUUACCCCUAUCCUCUGGGGGGGGGUGGAUCCCGGGUCCGCCUCCCCCCACCCCACCCUGAUAUCAUGCUGCCAUCCUCCCUCUCUGCCCUGAGCCUCCCUCCAGUCAGCAUGUGCCAUGACAGCCUCCCGGGGGCGCUGCAGCCCCUAAAUCCCCACCACCACCCCGAUUCAGUGUCUCCCCCUGUGUGCCCAGUAGGGCCUCGAGGCAGCGGGUGCUCGGCCUUAGUGGGUGACUGCCCCCACCCCGGAGAAGCGGCGCGCAAGUGGGCGGCAGGGCUGGGCAAGGCGUCAGCCUGGAGGGGGGCCCGGGAGCAAUGACGGGUCUGGCUGUGGGUACAGAGGGCUGGGUCCAGUGCUGAGAGCUGGCUAGCUGGGGGACUGGGGCGCACUGCACCCCAGAAGGGCUAACACAGUCCUAGCCAGGACCUGCCCUGUCUGCGUGCAGGGCUGGGGCUUGGCUGUAUAUGCUGGCUCACCCCUGCCCAGCCCCGAGCACGGGGCCCAGCCCAGACACAGCGGAGGGGCCAAGCCUUGCCCCGGACAGCUGAACAGAGACGUGCCCAAGCCCCAGGCCCGCCUGCAUUUAACAGCGGGGCCUCCAUGCUGCCUUAGCAGAGUUCGCUGCAAUUCAUUUCCUUGUGUGUUUGGUGGGCUCCCCCCCCCCCCGUACCCCCCUGCAGGGGCAGGGGCCUGUCUGUGCUGCUGCUUGGCUGCAGGAAGCUCCCUGAGUGGCUGGGUUACUGCCCGUUCACUGCCCCCAAGGACCGGUAUGCAGCCCAGCCCCCACCGGGCUCCGUGGCAGGGGGCAGGCCGUGCCCGCGGGCAGCACUGCAGGCUGGGCUGGGGCGUUUCGCUCUGCCCCCUGCCGGCUGGCACCGCAGCCCCCACCGCUCAGGCAGGAGGAGGGGUGCUUGGCCCUGCAGAGCGUGACAGCCAAGAGCCGUGCCCCAGCUACUGCCCAGGAACCUCAGAGCAUGAGGGGCAGGAGAUAUUCCCACGCUCACCCCACGGGGGCUAAGGGAGGGACUCGGAUUCCCCCCUCUAGCCCCGAACGGCUGGUCAGGUCUCUGCCCCCGGGCCAGGACUGACACCUGUGAGCUCCUGUGGCCGCACCAGGCUAGGGAGCCAGUGGUUCCUGCUGCCGCUCCCAGGGCAUCUCAGCCACGGCAGCUUCCCGGGCCUGAGCGACCGGUGCAAGGCCUCUCUCCUGCUGGCUGGGGCGCCCAAGCCCACAGCACCGGCCAGGACCCCUGGGCAAAUGCAGGCUGGCGCUGAGCGCGGGGCCCUGUCCUGAGACGUGGGGCCCCUGCCUCACCCCCUGCCAGUGGUGCAGGCGCCAUGCUCCUUACCCAGCCAUUCCCACUGCCCCCCAGCCUCCCCUCCCCCCACGGUGCAGCUGCCCCUGCCCGCGGGGGUCAUCGUGCCUCUGUGCACGGACAGGACACAUGGCAGGGCCCCCGCCCCAGCAGCCGCCUGGCAGCUAUCAGGGUGCCCGGAGAUACCGCUAGCACCUUCUGUUCGGGGCAAGCCCCCAGCGCCCUGCACGUGGCUGCAAACCAGCGUGGCCUUUUGGACAGCGUCCGAGCCCCGGCGCCAGCGUCCGAGCCGGGUCUUUGACCUGCCACCCGACCCAGCACUUGAACUAAGAGGACACGGCCCGAGCCGCCCUCAGCCCCGGUGCAGGGCCUGCCGCUCGCUCGUCAGCAGCUGCUGCUGGGCACUGCCGUUAACUGCCAGGGUGUUUAACUCGCCUGCCACGGGGGCUGGGGUAUUUAGUGGCCUGCAGCCGCUCUCCCCCCAUACCCGCUCAAGGAGCUUGGCUCCGGCUGGCUCAGUUCAGGCGCUCGGACGCUCGCCCCUCGUUGGGUUAACACUGGCUAGCGCCGCGCUCUCAGCCCCACCGGGCGGGGCCGGGCUUGGGUUUGGUUCUGCUGGUUUAACUUAAUCCUUGUGGAUUAGUGAAAUAAAGAUUUUAAAAGGCAGCCCCGGCCCACGGGAACGGCUGUUUGC